AUGUCUUAUGAUACGAAUAAGAGCCAACAGCAGGAGAAAGAGAGCACAGCACUUGUUUCAUAUCGUCGAAAUGCACAUUUCGGAUCACCUGUUCAAUACACGUCGUCGAUUGUGAUCAAUCUUCGACGAUUACAAAACGAUCUUAAAACUCAACACGAACACGAACGAGAAGCGUUGAACGAGCUCAACCAACGUUUCAGUGUUUUCGUCGAUCGCGUCCAAGCGUUAGAAUCACAAAACUCGAAGUAUCGUUCUGAGCUUGCUAAUCUUCGACGAACGUCAUCCGGUGAUAGCGGAAUCGACUUACAAUGGAAUGAACGUUAUUUCAGUGCACGCUCCGACUUAACCGCACUACAUCACGCAACGCUUGAUUGCGAAUCUGAUGUAGAUUGGUAUCACACGCAAGUCGGAAUCUAUCAACAAUUGAUUGAUACAGAGCAGCAGUGGAGAGACAAACGUUUAGUCAAACUCGAACAAGAACUGAAACAAGCGGCAGCGGAAUUGAAUACGUUGCGUUUAUCGUACACAGAUUUAGAACGCUUGAAUGUAAAUCAGUACGGAGAACGCAACGAAAUCUUCAAACAAUACCUAGCGGUAUCCUAUGAUUUGUGCAACGUGAAGAAACAACGAAAGAAAUGGAAUUUAAAUUUAGAAACGUUGAAAAGUUACAUUGCGUUUUAUAAAAAUAUACGAUCGUUUUCAACAAAAAGUUAUGAAUCGACCGUUAUUGAUGUUGGUAAACCGGCAGAAUACUGGGCUGUCGAAUUGGAUGAAUCCAUCAAGAAGAUUCGUCGCGAUUUCGAAACGUUCUACGCGACAAUUUAUCGCGAAAUGACAACGUAUUACGAAACGAAAAUGGAAGACUUAGACAAAGAAAUCGAACAAACAACACGUUAUCAACGAGUCGAAUACGAAGAAUUUGUUGCCAGUCAACAAACCUUACAAGUCGAAUACGAAAAAAUACAGUACAGUCUUACGUACGAAAGAGAAGCGUACUCGAAAUUAGAGUUGACCUAUUCGAGAUUAGACGAUGAAUAUAAAUCAUUAGAUGUCGCAUGUGUUGAACAAUUGGAAGCACAGGCGAAAGAAGUUCAAAGUUUACAAGAACGUAUCGUGGAUAUGGCUUACGAUAUCAAUGAAAUCCAACGCAGCAAAGUCAAUUUGGAAGCGGAAAUCAUUAUCUAUCGUUAUCUACUAGACGCAUAUGGAUUUGGUGAGAAGAUUACCGUUGUUCCCCAGAAAAAAAUUGUCGCAAAGGAAAUGACUGGUAAAUUCAUUGCAAAGGGACGAAAGAAACGCUCGAUUGGUAUAAAAGAAUGUGCAGCCAAUGGUAGAUAUAUCAGUUUGGUCAAUUAUUCAUCAAGUACAGAUGUUGAUAUAUCACGGUGGGUAAUCAAACAGCAGGUGAAUUCUGCAUCGGAUAUUCGAUAUACAAUUCCUAAGGGUGUUCGAAUUGAACAAGGAAAAGAAUUACGAAUCUAUUCGAAACGUUAUGCGGGGGAUGUGCCAUCACACGGAAGCACGAUUUCGGCGUUAGUACAGCAACAGCAACAACAACCGCUAGUAACUAAUGAUUUACCUUCGUGGGGUAUUGGUGAUACAAUUGAAACGUUUUUAUACAAUCAAAAUGGUGAAGAAGAAGCAUCGUAUUUACAAUCGAUUGAGUUGAGAAAGGGCAAUAUGUGA